CAGGGCAAAAGGUAGCCAGCUCCGGGAUUAACACUAAAAUCAAUCCGAACAAUGGUAAUCUGCGAUAUUGAGUUCUGCAAUAACCCCCAGGGGGUUUUCUAUGCAGGCCAGCUGAUUUCUGGACAGGUGGUGAUCAGCAUUGACAAGCCGAAACCAGUUAAAGCUGUGGUCCUCCAAGUCAAAGGAUACGCCGAAACCCAUUGGACUGAUACCGAAUACGAUCCGGAGGAUCAGUCUAACGGCGAGUCAUUCAACGGACAUGUGGACUACCUGGAGACUAAGUCAUAUCUGUACGGGUCUAGUUCCAGCAUAGAGGUGGUUAUUGAGCCCGGCACAAGCACAUAUAGAUUCGCCUGCCAGUUGCCCAUCACAUGUCCGUCCUCUUUUGAGGGGACACUUGGCAAAAUACGUUAUCUGGUAAACGUGAGGUUCGUUCGUCCGUGGAAAUUCGACCACAACUUCAAUAGAUGUUUUACUGUACUCAAAGUAAUGGACUUAAACUCCGCGAGUCUGAUGUUGAGGGUACCCACCCAGGUUGAGUCACAGCGCACUUUCUGCUGUUUCCCCUGCCGGUCGGCGCCACUCAGUAUGCGCCUCUCCCUGCCGCAGGGUGGCUUUGUGCCAGGACAGACUGUACCGGUGGAAGUAACGGUCUCCAACGACAGUGGGGUGCCUGUGGAGAAUAUAACCGUGAAGCUGGCCAUGGUGGUGAUCUUCUACAGUCAACCCCCGUGCGCGGACACCAACAAGGAUCGUUUUGUGAUGGCCCUGAAAACAGGCGAAGGCGUGUCGACCAAAUGCCGAAAGCAACUCACCUUCGACCUUAAAGUGCCGGCCACACCGCCAACCUGCUUCAACCUGUGCAGCAUCAUUCAGAUCGGCUAUCAGGUGGAAGCGGAGGCCAGGGUCAAAGGGUGCCACGGAAGUCAGUCGCUUCACAUGCCAAUAACUAUUGGCAGCGUCCCGCUAACGAAAGUACUGCAGAGAGAACCAAGAUUUUGGGGCGAAGAACUACUACCUCAGCAACUGGAUGCCAAAGCUUUGGUUUUAAUCGGGAAUGAACCGGCUGAAGAGACCCUUGGCCCUCCCAGUCCGUGGUCUGCGGAUCCUUCUAUUGCCCCGCCGAAUUAUUCCGAGGCCAAACACAUCAGACCGGAUCAACAGAAAUUCUUGAAAGCCAAAAAGAAGUUUCAGAGAAAAUCAUGCAAAAGGGCGCAAGAGAAAAAAAAGGAAGACAUUUCGUUUACUCCUUUGUACGGUGUCUUUGAUCUGUCGAAUCAAUUGGAAGAAAUAAUUGUGCGUCCUAAUAAAAAUAAGUCUGAUGGAGGCUAUGUUAAUGACACAGUAGACAAGAGCACUUGGCUUUAAAAGAGUAAAAAAAGGAUCACAAUUGUAUAUUCAUUAUUAUUAAAUGAU